AUGACCGGAAACCUGGAGAUCCCAGCCGAGUACCGCUCUUCAUUCACGCCAGCUCAAGCUGACGAGCUAGUCGCGCAAUUUCGUGUCAGCGAUGCCGAUGGCAGUGGUUCUAUUGAUGAGCGGGAGUUCCGAGCAUUGCUGACUCGAAUGGGGCUCCAGGUCAGCGCUGCGGAGGCCGACGCUCUUGUGACAAGCAUCGACGUUAACGGCGACGGACUUCUGGACUUUGCGGAGCUUGUGCAGAUGAUCGUCCGACUCCAGCGGGGCGACACGAAACUUGCAGCACUCAGGAAGUUCAUGGAGGCGCUGGACACGACACCGGUUGCAUUGCUGGAGCGGGAGGCGGCCAAAUUCGGGUUGCAGAUACAACUGGACCUCGUGGGCAAAGUGUGUGGCCCUACAGGUAGAGAUUCCGUGAGCGCCAUGGGCAAAACAACGCGAGAAGCCAAGUUUAAAGCUGCUGAAGCUGCACUGGUGAAGAUUAAGAAGCUACAACCAGGUCUUGCAGUGCAGCCCGGGAAACUACCGGAGCAGUGGGAGAACUGGCUGUUUGCUAACAUCGAGAGAGGAGCAAGUGUCAAGAAGCUGAUGCAUACACUGGCGCAAAAAGGGUUCUUGUUGACGGGGAACAUGCCGUUGAUGCAGAGAAUCUCGACCAGAAUGUCAUCGUAUCGGCUGAGGACCAAGCGCAAUUCUCCGAGUGGCAUUUAUGACGCGGGAUCCUCGCGUACAGCACGCAGUAUCGCUGCAGUGGAGAAGAUGUCAUCACCUUCAGUGCAAGUAUUACACCCGCAAUGGGCUCACUGGUGCCAGCAAGAACUUGCUCGCGGGAUGGAUGGCAGUGUUGUGCUGAGCGAGCUUGUGUCACAAGGAUAUAUGCCGGAUAAAAGCCCGUUGUUCACGCAGCGUCUACUUCAAAUUGCCAAAAAUCGUGAUGAUCGUUGUAGUAACGGUGCUGAAUCGCCCCGCACCGCAGCAUCGAAGCCGUUUUCCUUCUUGCGUGUACUGGAAGAAGGAGUAUUACACGAGGUUGAGCUUUUCAUAUUCGGUGGCCAAGACGUGAACGCGCUCCAGUUGGACAUGAACACGAAGUUGAUGCAAUCGCCUCUGCAUAUCGCUAGUAAACAUGGCUACCAUUCUAUCGCGAAGCUACUCCUUCAGCAAGGAGCUCAAGUAGACCAACUGGAUUCAUUCCACCGCACACCGCUGAUGGUCGCUGCGAGAUAUGGCCACAGCGACAUCACUGCACUAAUGCUGGACCACGGGGCUGGCAUAUUUCAGCUGGACAAUGUGAAGAACUCGGGUCUCCACUUGGCUGCAUUCAGCGGCAGCUCCACGAUUGCUUCCCAACUUCUACACGCUCAUGACGAGUCUUUUCGAUUAUUCCUCACGACUCUACCGCAACGACGUGGUGAAUGCUACGAGCACCUACUGCAGAAAACGUACGAGACCAUUAUGAAGAGGAAGCUGCGAGAAAAGGAGCGUCGCCGCUAUCAUUAUUCGUGGCUGUUUGAAUCUGUGCAAUGGCUGCAUCACGAACUCUUUGGGAACGGAGGCGACAACACCCGAAUCUGCACGAUGCCGACCCCGCACAAAGAUUUCAUGGACUACCUUGUGUCACGCUACCACAAGAAGCUCCCGAAGCGUGGCAUUCAUGACGAACUUGCUGCAAAUGGCGACGAUAAGAGCGAGGAGGAAGAUGGUACUGAUGAUGAACAAGCAAGACGUCGCAAGGAAGGCGAUCCGGCAGAUUGUCUUUCUCUGUCAGACAUGAGCUUCUUCAUGGAUACUUAUCUGCGAGAUAUGUACAAGCACCUGCCUAAUCUUCAAGGUCGGACGGCACUCCACGUAGCGUGUGAUGAAAAUCUGGUGUGUACGCACGAAAGAGUGAUUCAGUGUCUGUCUGAAAAGCAUGGUUGUAGUCCCUUUCUACAAGAUCACAGCAGCAAGACCCCAUUGCAGCUACUGUUGGCCUGUCGAGGUCGGCCUGGCACGAGUGGAGCAUUCAACGAAUUGGACACUCUAAACCGCAUGCGCAAGCUUGUUAAGGAUAACGAUGGCACGCCUGUGGCUCGGGCCACAGGAUGGGAUAUCUACGAGGAACCUCAAAGCCACAAUCGCCUAUUUGAAAACACACGCAGUGGCUUCGUUCAACGACAAGUACCCACCCAACUGGUAGAAGAAGGUCGAACUCGGCUUGGUUGGAAAGAAAAGAUGGACACGAAUGCUCGCUUCGUUGAGCGCCAUCGGUUGCGUCCAGAGUGGGAACUUCACCGAGUAAAUGGGACAGACGUGUACUUCUUCUUUAAUCGUGAGGCGGAGCAUUGUCAAUGGAUAUCCCCUGAGGGUUUGCCAACCCGAGAGUGGCGAACAAAGCGCUUCUUCGAGAACGCAGAGCAGCUUGAAGACGAACUGGAUCAGGCUAGUCUGGCUGUCACGUUUUCUGGGACCGCAUCGGCGGCGAUUGUGGAUAAUGCUGUGAAAGGCAGAACGCUCGGUAACUGGCGUGAAUGUCAGGGGUUUGGGGGCGUCACAUUUUACUUGCACGCUCUCGAUCACCGAGUUCUUGUGGAGAAACCCAAUGAAGUGCUGCUACAUGAAGGCUAUCGAUACGCUCACGCUCUUGUUUUUGAGCGUAGCGAAGAGAUUGAAACACAUGGUCGAGGUUGGCAUCGGUACUACUACCCGCAGACGUCACACACUUUUUAUUUCAAUGAGCUCUCAGGAGACUGCAUACACGACACUUUCGCAACCAAAGGAUUUCUGCAAGAAAUCCAACGCCCGAAGCGCCAGGCGAGAUUUGCUCUUACAACCGAGGAAUUACGUCGUCGUAAGGAGGAGCAAGAGUGGAAAUCAGCAUUGCAACGAGCACGAAGACACGACGAAAGUCUUAAAACGGCAGCAGAGAAAAACAAUAUGGCUACAGAAGAGCAAAAGCGAGAGAAGGCGGAGCUGGAGAUUGCCCUGCGUCAACUAGAAAGCAGCAAGAAAAGCAAGGCGAGGAAGAACGAAAAGGGCAGGAGUCUGGCAUAUAUUGAUGCUCGGUUCCGCCGUGAACGUGAAAUAUUUCUCCAGGCGCGAGAGAACCAUCUACUGACUUCAAUUGAUCCGGCACGAGAGGAUCCGCGGCGUGAAAUCGAACGAUGCGAGGAGAUGGAGCAUCAGCUGAACGAAGAAGAGCUUGAAAACGCCGGACUGGAGGAUACGGACCUCAAACCUGCGAUUAGAGAGCGUCGACGUGUUAGUCGUAUUUUGACACGGACCGAAGAGCGACUACGCUUGGGUCGAGCGCUCUGUCGAUGGGGCUGCGAGCUGUGGCUCCCACGUGAAUUUAGUCUGGAAGAGCACGAGCGUAUUGAAUGUCCUAGACGACUCAUGGUAUGUUGUCUAGGCUGCACGGUGGUUAUGGAGCGACGGCAAUGGCGCGAGGUCAUAUAUGACCACGAGUCUGAGGACGAAGAACAAUGCUCAAGUCGUAUUGUGCACUGCCCACGAGAGUGUGGCGUGUGGCUACCACACUUUGAUCUAGAGGUGCCGCAUAUGCGGGAUCUAUGUGUUAGGAGGCCAGUUGGAGAUCUACGCUGUCGUUUGGGAUGUGGUCAAGUAUACCAAGGAGGUGCUCAUGAAUUGUUGACGCUGGAGCAGACCCGUCUUGCCCAUGAACAAGACGACUGCGAGCUACGCAAAGUGACGUGUACAUGGCCCAAAUGCAAUACCGUAAUUCUUGCGAAAGAUCGGAACGCUCAUCGUCGUGAUCAUGUACUGUCAUCUGGAAUUCUAAGCUUUGUGACUGCCGAGGCGCACGAGUACAAAGUGCCACGUGACGUAAAGUUACUGAAGCUCCAGGCUUGGGGUGCAGGCGGGGGUAGUGGACUCUUGCGUGGACAAGCAGUGGGCCACGGUGGCGGAACAGGUGGCGGCGAAUUUGCUCUUAUGGUUGAGAGUCCGGAUGAUGAGAAGGACGACCCCGAAAAUGGAAAGAAGACCAAAAAGAUACCAGGCGGUGUUCUUGUUUCUACUCAGGUAUCUACAGCAAAGGGAGGGCUCCCGGGAGGCGGACAAGGACACAGUGGUAACAAGGAGGCUGCAUGUGGAGGGGGUGGAGGCUUCACGAGUAUUUAUCGUCAAGGUGCGUACGGAAUCGAGUACAUCUUAAUCGCUGCAGGCGGAGGCGGAGGUGGAACGUGUCGAAACGGAGGGGGAGGAGGAGCUUGUAAAGCUAGAAAACCUCAAGACGGUGACGACAUUCGAUGUGGUCGUUCCGGUGGAGACGUUGCUGGUGGCUCUGCUGGAAAGUGCGAUGAGUACAACCCAAUAUGCAAAUUUGUUGGUACGAAUGGCACCUCGAUGCAGGGUGGGAAUGGAGCUGAGUUUGGAGGAGGCGGAGGAGGAGGCCUUUUUGGAGGUGGUGGGGGAGGAUUUUCACCUGGAAUUGUUGGGGGCGGUGGUGGGGGAGCUAGUUACGUUAAUUCAAGUCUUUUGAACGUGAAGAGCAUACAUAUCGAAGCGGGUGGGGUUAUUAAGCCUGGUGGUAUGGAUGAAAACCCGCCACAAAGUGUCCGAGGGGCCUAUUGGGAUCUGGUUGGUGGUGUUGCAGGUGAAGGUGGUACUGGGUCAGCACGAGCGACUGCGACUGGUAAUCAUGGAGGGGUACGGAUCGCGAGACCUGGAUUCUUUGACGACAUGAAGUUUCAUCGCUAG